UACUAAAAACUUUAUUUACAACUACAGGGAAGUAAAUUCAUUUUUGUAAAUCGUUUCUAAUUAAUGCAUUCUAAUUUUAAGUCACUAUUAAGAAUGUUGUGGUUUAAAAUGCGCAAUCCUGAUUCAUAACAUAAAAUAAUAUUUGAAUUAUUCUUAUGUCGCUUUACAUAGAAAUAGUAAUAUUUACAAACAUAUAGUUAAACUUUUAUUAAAAUGGAAGGUGGUGAGUGGAGAAACAAUAUUAUAAACCAACUACGGGCUCGAAACAAAAGAGAGACUGCAGCAUUUCAAGAUAUUUUCACAUUUCAAAGCAGAUUAUUUGAUAAUGUGAACACCCUUAAAAAUGAAAACUUACAGCUUACUCUCGUCAAUGAGAGAAUAAGAUAUUCUAAUACAGAAAGUGUUUCAUCUGGAGGAGGAGCAACUAAUGAAAAGAUUCAAGCAUUAGAACAAAAGAUAUUAAAUCAGCAGGAAGAGCUAACAUCAUUGCACAGGAGGAGGGGUGAAAGCGCACAGCAAAUUAUUAACCUUAAUGCAAAAGUUCAUGAUUUAGAGAAAAGUUUGCAAGCUAAAGAUAUUGUAAUUUCAGAAAAUACAGCUUUAAUUGCAUCGCUUAGAGCAGAAAUUCAAAUGUAUGAAACAAAUAUGUCUGAACUACAAAGUCUUAAUCAAGUACUGCGAGAUGAACAUCAAGCAUUGCAAAUAGCAUUUGCAGCCAUUGAAGAUAAGUUAAGAAAAGCACAGGAUGAAAACCGAUCUCUUGUUGAAAGACUUAUCAAGUAUAAAGCGAAAGAUGCAGAUAAAAUGAAUGAAGAAAAUGAACACUUCAUCAAGUCAAGCAACCCUACCGCGUUUUUGAUCAACACAUUUGGUAGAGUUAGUUUCGGGAAAAAGAGUGACAAAGUACGAAAGGAAUUAGAAGAAGCAGCAAGGGAAGGUGGGAGUAGGAGUAGUGCGGGUUCAGGAGGCAGCGCGGACGAUAAAAUAAUGGACUCGAUGCCUUACUACGCGACCACACUUCCAUCUAAAGUAGCUUUAAGAUUCGAUGCACAUGAUGGAGAGGUAAAUGCAGUAAAAUGGAGUCCGACCGAUAGAAUAGUGGCUACUGGAGGUGCAGAUAGAAAAGUUAAAUUGUGGGAUGUGUCCAAAUUAGGUACAUGCGAAAACCGAGGCACGCUGGUCGGUUCGAACGCGGGCGUCAUGUCUGUGGACUUCGACUCAACGGGCGCGUACAUAGUGGGCGCGUCCAACGACUUCGCGAGCCGCGUGUGGACGGUCGGCGAUCAGCGGUUGAGGCACACACUCACCGGGCACAGUGGUAAAGUAAUGGCUGCUAAAUUCCUCGGAGAGCCCACUAAAGUGAUCACGGGCAGCCACGAUAGAACACUUAAAAUAUGGGAUCUCAGGAGUAGAAUGUGUACAGAAACAAAAUUUGCAGGGUCAUCUUGCAAUGACCUCGUGACGUCAGAUGGUGCGGGCUCAACAAUCAUAUCAGGGCAUUUUGAUAAGCGGAUACGAUUUUGGGAUAUACGAACAGAAAUGUCGGCCAAUCACAUCAUGCUUCAGGGCAAGGUUACGUCGCUGGACCUUAGCAGAGAUAGUAAUUAUUUGUUGGCGUGUGUCCGAGACGAUACCAUACAACUUAUAGACUUACGAAUGAAUACUAUUGUACGAUCUUUCAGUCACGACUCGUUCAAGGUGGGCUGCGACUGGUCGCGCGCGGCGUUCGGGCCGGGCGGGCGGCUGCUGGCGGUGGGCGCGGCGGACGGCGCCGCGUACGUGUGGAACACGCACUCGGGAAGGUUGGAAGCCGUGCUUAAGGAUCAUUCGUCAGCGGUGACGGCUGUGUCGUGGCACCCGCAGUCGGGGCUAUUAGCAUCCGUGGACCGCGGGAAGCGAGCCGUCAUUUGGGGCGACUUGUGACAAGCAUGGGACCCCACCGGCCCGCCGCCGCAGGUUCCCCAGCAAGAGACGGGAACAGCGGAAGGCGAGAGCGGCGAGGUGUUGCAUCUCCUGCGCGGGCUCACAGCAGACAUUCUGCAGAGACUCACGUAGUAGUCACCGCGGGUGCAUUGACGUGUUCAAAACAUGACGAUAGCAUCUACAUUCUACACUUUUUCACGUCCACACGGAGCCGGUAAAACAUGUAUUACAUAUUACACUGAUACCGAUCGAUGCCAAUAAAAAAUUACAAUACCUUUUUAUGCGAUUGUCUAUUUGUAAAUACUAAUUGGACGGUGUUAAAUUUAUAAUUGGAGGGUGCUUUCAAGAAUUUUACGCUCGGUUGCGAUGGCUGUUUUUUUGACGUUUUUACUCGUCUUCCAAGAUAUUAUCUUUCAUUCCUUAACGUUACACAAGGCUCGUGGAAUAUGUCUCGUUUGCUCGAUUUUAGGUUCGCUUCUGCUAUCAUAAAUUUAUGCGCAUAAUAGAUUUUCCAUCUCGUUUCCUGGACUAUUUAAAAUUUAAAUAUAAUUGUUCGAUUGAAUAUCGUUUCGUCCAUCAAUAUUUUAUGUAAAUAACUAAUUUAAGACUAAUACUCAUUAGCGUGGGAAAAUUAUCUUCGAUAUAAUUUCAUGACCAAUGUUCCCCGGUACAAACUAAACUAGGCGUGCGCGCACCGAAAAAAGAGUGGUCAGCGUUACAUGGAAUAUUAAUUAAUACGAAUAAAAUUCAUAAGGCGGUGUCCAAUCCGCGGCGGUGCACGAUAACUAAUAACCGUCGUGUUGUCAGCGCGAAUUCAUAUUUGUUUUCCCUUAGUGGCUAGUGCGCGGGAUCGGAGGGCACAUGCGCUCCCGACCACUCAUUAGCACACAAUGCGACCACUAGCGGCCGAUUCCCGCGAUCAAUAAACUGUUGUCUAUACUCUAUGCUCUAGCCUCUAUGCUCUAUGCGCAGGGCUGCUCCACGAUCGUUUUGUGUGAAUCUGUCACAGUGAUCGUAGUAUUGCGAUUAUUGCUGGUUGUUUUGGUUUUCAUCAAUUAAUGUGAUAAUGUGAAUAUGAUGUUUCGGAUUAUUAAAGAGCACAAAAAUUUAUUGAGUGAAAUCUACGGUCUCUAACGGAUGAAAAGCACUUUUCUAUCUUGAUUCUGCUUAUUUUCUUUAUUCUUUCUUUUAUAAAAUGAUGUAAUGCAAACAGAAAAACUUUUUUAAAUCAUUUUUUACCAUGUGCCAAAACAAUUUACAACAUAAUAUGGUAGCCCUGCGUAUACCCUAUUACCAACGCUGUGGUCCGAUAACGCAGCCGACAUCUAUAACCCUCUGGCGUUUGUUUUGACAGACACGCUCCGUAAUUUUUUAAAGACCAAUGACCCCGCGUUUAUUUAACGCUAUUUUUACAUGUAAUUACGCGUUACCGACCGCUUAAUUACCCGAAACUACUGCGACGCGGACGGCACCUGGAAUUCAGUAAAAAACCACGGCGCCACAGUGUGCGAUAGCUCGCCGAACGACAUGGAUAAAAACCAUUAGUUCUUUUUUGUCGCCUAUUGUUUAAUAAUAGAACUCUCUCACCAGUUAUUAAGAUAAUUAGUGUUUUACUACUUUUUCAGUCUAUGAACUUAAUUUUGCGUAAAUACUGACAUUGUCGUUGCAUAAAACGUCUGUUAUAAAUCGAAGUAACUCGACGAUGGCAUAAUUUUAUCAAUUACACAAAUAUAGUUUAAGGUCGACUUAGAUAUUUUGGUUGUUUGGAUUUUUUAUUUCAAACACCAUUAUUCUAUUCUAAGAACACCAUCACGUGUUAAAACACCAUCAUCGUCGUAUAUAUUUUUUGUACGAUUUCAUUAAGCACGUACAAGCUUUCUUUUUAGAUCUUUUGUCCGAGCAGACGGUUCGAAUUUCACACUGUGCGACGCCUAAAUUACGCUCCGUUUGUCUUCCUCAUAAUAUAAUACCUGUAUAGUGCGCUUAGUUUGCAUACGAGUAACGGCGCCUCGUCUCUCUAGAUUAAUGUUCUUGCCAAAAAACAUGUCAUACACUCUGAAAGACGCUAGUGUUAUACUCAAUCAAUGUUUAGGAUCAAUUUUUUGUAGCGGCUAUGGUGUUAGCCUUAUCGGUAGCUAGUCACGUGUAUUCUAUGGCUGUUUUUUAUUGGAAAAGAGGGUUGGAUUUUAGUCUUUUUUUUCUUUUGUUGAUUUUGUGAGGGAAUUAAAUUUUGGUAGUGUUUAAUUUGCUUUAGUUUUAUUGUUACUUUUUUUUGUUAUUUCUUCACAUUAAGAAUUCAUAUUCGGCGCGUUUUCUUUCAUUUUUCGUUAUUUGACUUUUCAGUGUCAGCAUUAAAAAAUAUUUAUACAAUGAAGAAGUUUUUAACAAGACUUGUUCUUUCUUAAAAGAAAAUAUCCGCUCUGUAUUGCUAGGUAAACUGGAUUGGUAUCAAUACGACUAAGUUGUGUGCCUUUCAAGUACUUAUUAUUAGAUUUAUAACAUUAUCAAGCACAAAUGUACCAAUAACCAUAUACAAUGAAUUUCGAACUGAGAAGAUAAUAAAUCAUACGAUAUUAUAGUAAAUAGUUGUUCUAACUAUCCUUAGUACAUACGUUAAAUUAAGCAUGUUUCAAUUAAAAUGUCCGAUUAUUUGAGACUCAAUUUCGAAAUUUGUAAACGUAUCAACGUAUAGAAUUUAUAAUUAUUAUUAGCACUAGUACCAGCUAACGUCUCGAUGUCAAAAAAUAUAUUAUAUUACUUUAAUGUUAUUCGCAAAGUUAACAAAGACUGUUGUCCGUAUUAUAAGUAUGUUUACAUCACUUUAUAAGUUUUAAUGUUUAAUAUAGAAUCAUAAUGAUAGUGGCAAUUAAUUGUAAGUUUCAAUUGCUUAUCUUACAAAUUUGAUACGUAAAAAAAUAGUUUGAAUUCUUCUUUCUUACAACUACAUCACACUUUAAAUUUCUGUGAGCGUUCUUCUUUAUGUAAAACAUUGUACGCACGUUUUUCAAUGUAACUAUUUUAUUCUGUUCUAUCUUUUUUAUGGUACCCCUUCACGACUUCCUGAUAAAGUCACUGAUAUCGUACAUAAACACUUCUUGACGUAUUUUGCGUACGUUCUCUCUUAUUUUCACUGGCAAAUAAGCCUAACUUGUGUCAAAGUUGUGAAACCGGCUUAAAUUCUACUUUCAACCAUUUUAUAUUAUUUAAACAAUUUUAUAGAAAUGCUUCAAACUAUUUCCCUUUAUUUUAUUAUCUUAGAUCUCAUUUAUGAAGCCGAACGCACUCAAACUCCACUGCAUAUCCAAAAUAUUACUAAACUUGGUCCUCAAAUAUAAUGAAAGAAUGAGAUUUAAGAUUUUAUUUAUUUUUACUUUUUGUUAUAUUUAUUUUUAUUGUUUUUAUAUCCCUCCAAUGAUUGAGCAAAACAUUUUUAGCUAUAUUAAAAAUAAUAUUUUAUGAAAGUUUCUGAACAAUUUAAAUUUAUGUUUUACAUAAAUGUACUCUCUUACAAAUAUUCACAAAGUGUCUAUUACUUAUAAUUUUUCUUAAAGUUCCCUUUCCUGCGUAUCUAAUAAAAUGAUAAAUCUUCUUAUAACUGAAUAGUACAUUGCCUAUUGUGUUGUGAAAGCAUAAUGUUAACAUUAAACAAUUGUUUCAUAAUUCUCUUUUAUCGCUGCGAGCGACUAGUGUGUAAGUUGUUGUAUAAAUCUUAAAAUUUAUAUUAUUUUUAUAUGUAAAAUGAUAUAUUUUGUAGCACAACGUGAGCAAGCUUGUAAAUAAUGAGGUGGGUGCGUGGAAAUUAUAUGUUCUCGAUUGUACGACAUAUUAUAAAUAAAUAGUACACUUUGAAA